GAAGCCCAGUAAGUAAGUGAAGAGGAGGAGGAGGAGAGAGGGGCAAGGGGAGCGCGCACUGCACAGUCACUUUCCUUUUUUUUAUAAAAACUGGAGAGGGGGGGACGGUUGGAAAAAGAGAGAUUAAAAAAAACGGGAAGUUUUCAUUUUAACUCCAUUUCGUUUUUUUUUCAAAACGAGAGAGGGGGGGAAAAAAAAAGUGAAAUAAAUUUUUGGGCCGCUCGAGGUUUUCCUUCUUAAAAUUUUCCCCACCCUCCUCCCCGUAUCCUUUUCUGGUUUUAAUCUUCUCAAUCGGUUUGUUUUCGGUGUCAUUUCUUUUUUUUUGGGGGGUGGGGGUGGGGGUGAAAGGGAGAAGGAUUCCGUGAUCUGGGCCCCUGUGGUGAUGAUAAUUUGGAUGGGGGAAAUGUUUUUGAAGUUGUUGUUGGUCGGGCAGCUCACCGCCCCCCUCUGGCUCGGCGGCGGCGCAGAGUGAUGAGUCCGGUGGAUGGCGAGAACUUGUUUUGCGUUCACUCUCCCCUGUAUCUUUCUGUUUUCCCCCCUCCACCCAGCCUAUGUGCAUUUAUAAAUAUAUUGUUAUAAAAGACAUUUUUUUUACCAGUAUAAAUAAAACGCAGAUACUUGUACACAUGCGGCCGACUGCGACGUUUAAUGGACUUUCUCCCCCCUGAAAUUAUACCGGGCCCUGUUUUUGUUGAAUUGUGUUUCUUUUUACUUUUUCUUUGGCUGCUUGAGGAAGGGGGGGAGGAGGAGGAGGGAGGGCUGGUGGUGGAGGAGGAAGAAGAAGAAGAGAAGGGGUAUUUCCUCUUAAAAAGGGGUGGAAGAGGAGAGAGAGGAAAAAAAAAGUGAAGGAAAGUGGCGCGGGAAGUAGAGGAGAUGGAGUUGCAAACUCUGCAGGAGGCUCUGAAAGUGGAAAUCCAGUUUCAUCAGAAACUUGUGGCGCAGAUGAAACAGGAUCCACAGAAUGCUGAUUUGAAGAAACAGUUACAUGAACUGCAAGCCAAGAUAACUGCUCUCAGUGAGAAACAAAAAAAAGUCGUUGAACAGUUGAGAAAAGAUUUGAUGGUGAAACAAGAACACCAUGAAGGCAGACUGCCAAUGCAACAACAGCAGGUACCACCACAGCAGCAACAACAGACUGUACCACAACUUCUACCACAGCUGACCAGUCCACAGAAAGCAAUAACUGAUGCUUCAGUUGUUACCACAAAUCAGAUUCCACUUACUCUACUAAAAACAGCGCAUGCAAUGUCUGCCUCGGCCGUUACACCAAGACCUACCAUUGCCAUGGUAACGGCUCUAAGCAAUCCUCAGAAAUCAGUGGUUAAUGCAGACUCUCAAAACACACCCAUCAACCUUCAGAUCACCAACAAACUGACAACUCUGGGGACUGAUGCUGUACGAAUAAUGCCAAAAUCAACUGUACAGUUGGUGCAGACUACAAGUUCCCCACCAAUCAAGGUUCCUCAGUUCAUACCUCCACCCAGACUGACUCAACGCCCAACGCUCUUACCACAGGUUCGUCCGAAGCCAGUGAUGCCAAAUAGUAUUCCUAUUGCACCCGCACCUGUUUUUACGACUUCGCAACUAAUCCAGCGACCUGUGAUGCUGACAAAAUUCACACCCACUUCUCAGCCAUCAGCUGCAAAUUCCAUACAUCAGGCUAGAAUUAUGAAUGGACAACCAGCUACUGUCACCAAAACGUUACCAACUGCACAGCUGACGAGUAUUGUCAUAGCUACCCCAAGUCCCAAAGUGGUUGGCCCCCAACAGCUGAAGCUCAGCAAAGCAAAUCUGGAAAACAAGACCAUCAAACUUCAGGUGGAAUGGGAAGAAAGACCGAAUGACAGCAGUCCCACUUCUCCAGUUCCACCUAAACCCAAGAGAGAGGAGAACGCAGAGAAAGUUGCUUUCAUGGUUUCUCUGGGAUUGGUUACACACGAUCACCUUGAAGAGAUCCAAAGCAAGAGGCAAGAAAGGAAACGACGAACAACAGCAAAUCCAGUGUACAGUGGAGCAAUCUUUGAACCAGAGCGCAAAAAGUCUGCAGUAACUUAUUUGAACAGCCCUGUGCAACCUGGGACAAGGAGAAGAGGUCGCCCUCCUAAGUACACUAGUGUGCUGGGUAUAGGGACUCUGGCACCUUCCUCCCCUCCAAGUCAUCCUGCCUCCCCAGAUUUCGAAAAAACAGAAAGUUUGCUCAGUUUUGGUGUUCCAGCACAGUCUGCAUCCAGCCCCAGCUCUUUAGAUGGUUUGCCCUAUUUAGCCACAAGGGCUACUUUACAAAGGGGCCCUGUCAGCAAGAUACAAGAUGAGACAAACGACAUUGAAAACAUCACAAAAAAUACAACCUUGUCUGGUGACAUCCAUGAGGAUUUCUGCUCUGUGUGUCGGCGUAGUGGACAGCUGCUGAUGUGUGACACUUGUUCUCGUGUGUAUCACCUGGAGUGCCUGGACCCGCCAUUAAAAGCCAUUCCGAAAGGAAUGUGGAUUUGUCCCAAAUGUCAGGAGCAGAUCCUUAAAAAGGAAGAAGCAAUCCCGUGGCCUGGAACAUUAGCUAUUGUCCAUUCUUACAUUGCCUACAAAGCUGCAAAAGAAGAAGAAAAGCAGAAAUUAUUGAAGUGGAGUGCGGAGCUAAAGCAGGAGCGAGAACAGUUAGAACAGAAAGUCAAACAGCUGAGUAAUUUCAUAACGAAAUGUAUGGAGACUAAGAACACUUUACUUGCCCGACAAAAGGAUAUGCAGACCUCGUUGGAAAAAGUGAAAAGGCUUAUCCAAUUGAUCCAGGGUAUACAGCUCUCAAAAAAUGCCACACUGACGGAUGAGAUGAUCAACAGCCCCACAGACUGCAUGAACUCCCCCACCACUGUAUCUUCGCCUGUGAACUGUGAUAGUAACUCAGAAACCAAGUAGCUGAAAGAACAGGCUGGAUUUUGUAGAAUGUGUAAACCUUUCUGGGAACAAAAUUGUGAUGGACAGUUCCUGAUUUGCCAAUUUAAGGGAGAUUCUGUGCUAGAUUGUGUUCUUAUAGAUCCAUAUUGGGCGUACAAGCUGGGUAAAGACCAGCGCCAAGCCAAGUGAAAAUACCAGUGUGUGCCUGCUGCCACCAGUUUGGUUUUAAGUUUGUCUACUCUUCAGGGAAAUAGGUAGAAAACUAUGGCCGAAACUUAGUCAGCUGUCCUGGUCUUGAAUUGCAUUCUCUCAAUUCUCAACUCCAGGAUUACUUGAGCAGAAUUGGCAGAA